CUCACAACCAGAGACCAGCAACAUCCCUUUCAUCUUGAGCUCUCAGUACUUGAGUGCAGCCAAGGGCCCCUAACCUCUUCAGCGUUCAAGACAACGUCAGAAACGAUUCGCCCUGUUCACGGCCAAUCGCGGCUAAACAGCGUUCCCACUCUGUCUUGUCCUUGACACCUCCUAGCACUAUGGUGAUCUUGGCAAAGCACGAGGCGGCGCUGGCCGCACUCAAUAGCGCGGACCCGCAGGAGCGUACACGUGCAGUUCGCUUCAUCAAGAACAAUGUCAUUGGUAACAGGGUGAAGAAGGAGCUGUACUUGGGUCUUGGGGUAGCUGCGCGUCUGGUCGAGUUAUUAUCGGAUCCCACGAGCAAUGUCGAAUUGCGCGCGCAGGUCGCCGUGGUUCUGGGCAGUUUCGCGUACGGGAACGAUCGGAAUGUCAAGAUGCUCGUCGAGGCGGAAGCUAUAGAGCCUCUACUCAAGUCACUGUCUACUGGCGACUUGAAACUGACUGAGGCAGGGGCAAGAGCUUUGAAGGCCAUAUUUCAGAGCCCGGAGGCUCCAAACGAGUUGGUCUUCGAGUCAACCUACCUCGAGGAUCUCAUACAAUUGCUGGUCCCACUGAAGGAGUCAUUCCCAUGCCAUUCACCAGAGCUGCACGCACCGGUUAGAGUCGCUGAGGUGGCGGCGGGAAUCCUGGCCAAAGUGUGCGUUACAUCCGACGAUCAAAAGAAAAUCGCAGCCAGUGGCGCCAUUCCGCUACUGCUCGCGCUGCUGACACCAGAAUGGAACCAGCUUUACCCAAAAGUACAAGAAGCCGCUUUGGACGCCCUAGCAAACCUCUGUCGAGGGUCCAAGCAAAUUGCGCAAAACAUCGUCGAAUCUAUGGUCCCUGGCUCGCUUUGUCCGGCCUUGUACUACAUGUCAAACCUGAUUCGCGACCAGAGACCCGUGAUGCGACUUCUGGCAGCGACAUGCAUGACUCGCAUAUAUCGGACUGGGAAAAUGCCCGCAAACCGCUCACAAGAGGCCUAUAUCACAAUUUUGCCGACGCUCAUCAAGCUUUUCUCCGACACUGCACCAAUAAGCACUCUCUAUGGAUCCGGGUGGGCGACGGUGCAAGAAAAAGCACCCCGAGUGUUUGCUGAUCUUGUCGAAGCUAGCGAGGACUUACAGAGGGCCGCUCUGGAAGCCGAUGCGAUUUCGAGGCUGGCUGCGGUUAUUAUUGCCCAGAACCCUGGCGGAAUGGCGAAUGGGAAGGAGGCGGAUGAUGGAAAGACAGGGAAGACGAAGCCGAAGAAGGAGCAGAAGCGCAAACUCUCAGCACCGGCGGAGUCUCCUCCUGCGGCUCCAGCCAGGAAGACGGCAAGCUGUGGACAUGCAGAGAGAGUCUUAGAGGCUGCGCUCAAAGCAAUUGCUGCGGUUUGCUCCCUCAAAGAAGAGUGCCGGAAACAAGUUAUCGACGCCAAACUCCUUCCUCACAUUGUGAAGGCCAUGUCGCAUCCGAACCACAGAGUCCGCUGUGCCGCGUGCGAUUGCACACGGUCUUUGUCAAGAUCCGUGAAGAAUCUGCGCACGUCUCUCGUCGACGCAGGAGUAGGGUUGCCAAUCUUCAAACUUCUUUAUGAUGAGAGCGAAAAAGUACAGCUCACCGCGUCUGCCACCUUGUGCAACAUUGUCAUGGAUUUCUCCCCGAUGAAGAAAACGGUGCUUGACAAUGGGGGCGUUGAGCGCUUGAUUGAGCUGGCGCGCAGCAUGGAUGGCCAUUUAAGGUUGAACGCUGUCUGGGCUUUGAAGAAUCUAUUGUAUCAGGCCGAUAGUGACAUCAAGGAGAAGGUCAUGAAAGGUUUGGAGUGGGACAGUCUCAUGUGCUUGAUCGCCGACCCGGAGGUAGCCAUCCAAGAACAAGCCCUGAAUCUCUUACGAAACCUCGCAUGUGGGAAGGAAGCCGACAUCGAGCAAGUCUUUCAAGGGCUCGGGGAAAGGAGACUCUUGGACAUUCUCGAAACCAAGCUCUCGCAGUUCCCUGCAAAUGAGGACCUGGUCUUGCAAGGGCUGUACGUCAUCGUCAACAUAUCCACGGGAAAUGACCGGCAUAAAGCCGCCAUUAUGGGCCGGGACCUACUGCUGCGGAGUAUAUUGCGUUUUAUGACAUCUUCUAGCUCCAACAUCCGCCUCGCAACCGUAUGGUGCGUCAUUAACCUCACUUGGACAGAUGAUGCAGGCGCGUCGGAUCGCACGGAACGCCUCCGCCAACUCGGUUUCGUCCCAAUCCUGGAAUCAAUGGCCGACGACCUCAACAUGGACGUCAAAGACCGCGUCAAAACCGCGCUGGCCAGUUUCGGUAGUUCCCAGCUGCCCGGGUCCUAUCCAAGCACAGCCACCGGAACGCACCCUGCCAUCCUCGACCCGCAUUCCAGUAUGAUGGACAUUAGCGGUGGGGUCGCAGGGAGCGGCAUACCCGUCCAUGUUCCUACGGGCGUGGCGGCUACGUCGGCGAGGAAUCGGAGGGAGUGGGAGCGGAUAUCGGAUAGAGGAAGUGAGGGAGGGUCCAGCGCGGGAGGAGGUACAAGUGUUCUGGGCAACCUGAAUCAGGGAUGAGGAGCUGUUUCUGUUGGCUGUACAUAUACGUUCGGAACAGGGUGUCAAUAUCAUUUUCUGAAAGCGCUCUAUCCUAAGUAGGCCUGGAGUUGCCUUGAUGUGACAGGCCUUCAAACGUGCGCAGGAUGUCCAUGCUUUCUUUGUUGGCUGGAUGGCAGUUAACUCAUGGC